GUGCAACUAAACGUACGAUUUCGGUGUGCAUGAGUACCAUAUAAAUAAAUGCGAGCGCAGAGGGCUGCAUGUGCUUAAAUUUAUUAAUUAUCCCAGGUUACGAGAGAACGAGCCUCAGAGCUGACUUCCUACAAACGGUUUGGCGUUUCGCGGGGCAUGCCAGAUGCGUCACUCCUGACCAUCACAGAUCCUUCACAAAUCAAAGUCCAGCUCCGCGCGCUUCCCUGUAGCAUGACGCACCUGGACUUCCUGCGCCUCUUGAAGCUGACGGUCUUCGGCCUUAACAUCGUCUUCACCACACUGGGCGCGCUCGUCGUCAGCGCCGCCGGCUUCGGCGUGUUCCUGCUUCAGGACGGCGGCGUGAAGCUCCUUUCAAGCCCGGAUGCCGACGACCCGGGAGCAGUGAUCGUCGCUGCAGCGGCUACCCUCGCCCUGCUGGCGCUGGCCCGCCGCCUCCGCUGCUGUGGCGUGCUCGGCUACACCGACUACGUGUCAAUCAACGCGUCCGUGCCCGUGUCGUGCUCGGCCUCACCGCACCUGGUCCAGCGCUCCAGCACGUGA